GGCUCAAGUGGGUAGUGGCACUGAGCCAUCAUGGCCUGUAAACAACAACAGCGUCAAACUGAAGUAAACUAGAUCUGACUGUCGGCCUGCUGUCUACAGCUCGUCUAGAUCCCGACAGACAUAGAAGACUGGUUUCCAACAAUGAUUCGAAGGUGUGUCUGAUUGAUAUCCUUCAGACGGGACAUCAUUCUCUCCAGCAGGUUGCUUUCACGCCAUGUCCUCACAGCAGCCUAACAGCUCAGCCUCCAACAGCCCCACCAACAUCUUGGGUUCUCCUUUUUCAGUCAUCAGUCCCUCUCUCAACUCUCCAGUGGUCUCACCCUCUCUGGGCUUUGGACCUAUCAGCAACAGCCAGAUCUCUUCUUCAGCACCCAUAUCAGGGAUGCACUCAAUCAGCAGCUCAGAAGAUGUCAAACCUCCGUUUGGCCUGAGGCCCAUGCCAGCUCACAGCCCUGGAAUAAUGCUGUCUCAGAAACGUCUGUGUGUCAUCUGCGGAGACCGCUCCUCUGGCAAACACUACGGAGUGUACAGCUGCGAGGGUUGCAAGGGUUUCUUUAAACGAACUGUGCGCAAAGACCUGAGCUACACUUGCAGGGAUAACAAAGAGUGCCUGGUCGACAAGCGCCAGCGCAAUCGCUGCCAGUACUGCCGCUACCAGAAGUGCCUAGCCAUGGGUAUGAAGAGGGAAGUGAUCAAACAUGUAAAGUGGAUAAAAGAAGAUGGAAGGGAUGAGGGAUGGAUGACGGUUCAGGAGGAGCGCCAGAGGAACCGAGAGCGUGAAGGAGAGCUGGAGUUCAGUGUCGGAGUGAAUGACGAGAUGCCUGUAGAGAAGAUCCUCGAAGCAGAAACAGCUGUGGAGCAGAAGACCGAGCUUCACUCUGACGGAGGCUCUGCAGGAAACUCGCCCCAUGAUGCUGUUACCAACAUCUGUCAGACUGCAGACAAGCAGCUGUUUGCCUUGGUGGAGUGGGCAAAGAGAAUCCCUCAUUUCUCUGAGUUGCCCCUUGAUGAUCAGGUCAUUCUUCUGCGUGCAGGGUGGAAUGAGCUCCUGAUUGCCUCGUUCUCCCAUCGCUCCAUUCCUCUGAAGGAUGGAGUUCUUCUGGCUUCUGAGCUGCAACGUGAAGGCGCACACAGUGCAGGAGUUGGAGCCAUUUUUGAUAGGGAGAGUGUGCAGAGUGCAGAAGUCGGCGCCAUAUUUGACAGGGUUCUUACUGAGCUUGUCAAUAAAAUGAGAGAUAUGCAAAUGGACAAAACAGAGUUGGGUUGCCUCCGAGCCAUCGUCCUGUUCAACCCAGAUGCUAAAGGGCUCUCCAACACCAGUGAGGUGGAGCUCCUUAGAGAAAAGGUCUAUGCAUCAUUGGAAGCCUACUGCAAACAGAAAUAUCCAGAGCAGCAGGGAAGGUUCGCUAAGCUCCUCCUUCGACUGCCAGCACUGCGAUCCAUUGGCUUGAAGUGCUUGGAGCAUCUCUUCUUCUUCAAGCUGAUCGGUGACACGCCUAUUGACACUUUCCUCAUGGAAAUGCUUGAGGCUCCCCAUCAGUUGUCUUAGAUAGGAAACGCGUACUGUGGUUUAGAUAGCUGAAGUCUGGGAAGCGGGCGUGGGACUGGAGUGGCACUUUAAGUUCUUUGAAGAUUUGUCAGUUUGUCUCAUUGCUGUCUACGUUACACUUCUUUAGUGCGGCACAGAUUUGCUCUUUAGACCAAACCUGAGGCUUGGCAUGAUCUACAAGCUGGUGCUAUAUGUUGAGAUAACUUCAUGAGUAACUAUGGUAAGACAAAAGUAUUUUUAAAAAUGUAAACAUUUACAUAUUUCCCUCACAGGAGCUAUAAUUUGGGUAAAAUUUUUUAUAUGAACUUUUUAAGACACCUCAGACAUUAAGAUUCAGUUGUUUCUCCAACUGAACUGAUCCCUAAAGCCUGUUGUUUUUUAAAAAAAGAAGGGCAACCUGAAUUAUGAGUAUGCAUUAAGGAUGUAGUCUUUUUAUAAAUUUGAAUUCAAGUCAGAUCUAAAAGUUUGUACCAAACGGUCGCUGGGUACUGUGUCCCGACAGCUCAGAGUUGACUUGUAUCUACUGCAGAUGAUAAAAUCCUACCAGUGACCCUGAUAGAAGACAAGUCAGUGAUUGAAACCAUCAAGCCCAACUUGUCUGUGUUGAUUGCGGAUCAGCUUUAUGUGUCUCGUAUAUAGAGUUAGUGUUGUUUACUUCUUUGCCAUUUAAAAAAAAAAUCUAAUCACUUUGUGGUUAAUGAUUAGACUGCACUGCACACUUGCUAUGUACUAUUUCUAAAACAUACUUUUAACAAACUCCUGGCCUCUAAACGGUCAGGGCGUUUGUCUUUUGGUGCUAUUUCAGUGAUAAUUUGACCUUAUCGGUGCAGGAAAUGCAUCGAACCACGAACCUAAGAAUAUAUGCAAAAACGAAAAAAAAAUUCCUCGUGUUAAUCUUUGUUUUAAAAUGUAGCAAUAUAAAAUGUAAACUACAUAAGCUUGUCAGUUAUUCAGGGGUUUUACAAAGUAAAUCAUUUCUGGCGGUGGAAAGGGAAUACUCCAUUUUGUAAUUUAUCUAUACAAUUCUAAGGUACUGUGCAAAAGUAAUUGUUCAGGGAAAAUGUACAUUGAUAAAUUUGAAUUAUGAUCAGGAAAUACAAAUUAUAUAAUUCUUAAUAUGUGCCCUUGUUUUUUAGUUUUCAGCUAGUAUAAAGCAGAACAUGUCUUGGGUUGCACUGGAUUUGCUGAGACUGUUUCAGCUUUUUUUUUUUUUUGUGCUUUAUUUUUUUUUUGGAUGCUCAAUUGUAUUUCCUACCUUUCCCUCUUCUUUAGGUAGCUGUCUUGUUCAUUGUAACGUCUGCAAUUUAUUAAAAAGCAAACCAUAAUUGCAUUUAGAUCCAUAACACCUGUGGACAUAUAGGAAUUUUAAACGAGAUCAAAUGAGGUCUGUAUGAUGGUAAACAUCAGAUGAGCUGUACUGGUGAACUUGUUUCUGUAUGCUCUUGAACAUAAAGUGACUUGAAGCAUGGGUUGCGUGGACUAAAAAAAUAAAUAAAGAGGCUUAAGUUUU